AUGAGAAUCUCGAAUCUCAUCGCCGGCAUCGCGUCGGUUGCUGCGCUGCUUCCGUCUUUGGUGGGCGGCACCGCGGCGUCCCCUCUUGAGGUCUAUCGCCAACAGGACGAGGUCCAGUCCGCAGUCCUCCACAACCUGGAACACCAUGCUCGAGACCCUCAGGACUCUGAUGAUUUUCUCAGCUACGACUAUGGAUACUCGGGCCCUCCUCCGCCUCCUCCGACCACCUAUGGCGAGGAGUCGUCGACAGAACAAAGAAUACUCAACAGAAGCCAGCAUGGCGACAAGCGCGAGCGGGACAUCUAG